AUGAUGGUUACGACGAUCCGAAAUGGAGAGAAGUGCCUGAUUUCGACGGAUGAUUUAGUUGUGGGUGAUAUCAUUCAGGUUUCUGGUGGAGACACUGUGCCCGCAGACUGCUACUAUUUGAAUGGUAGCAACGUGAAGAUGGACGAAUCCAAACUGACUGGAGAGUCCGAUCAGGUGGAUAAGAACGAAGUGAAGAAUCCUUUCCUUGUGUCCUCUACGGAGUGCCACGAAGGUUCUUGCACGGCGCUUAUCGUGGCUGUGGGUCAGCACAGUGUGUUCGGACACAUGCGAGCCAUGAUCGAGUCUGAGGGUGAAACCUAUACUCCUCUUCAAGUAAAGUUGGCUAAGUUGGCUAAACAGUUAUCUCUGAUGGGUUGCUUUAUGGGUGUUAUUACUAUGAUUUUCAUUAUUGCUAUGCACUUGUGGCAUUUCUUCAGCGGCGAAGGUACUGUUGAUGUGAAUGGAAAUCCCUAUUGGGACAGCAGUAACUGGACCGCCUUGGUGGAUGCUUUCACCACUGGUGUGGCGAUUAUGGUGCUGGCCAUUCCCGAGGGUCUGCCCUUGGCCGUCACGAUCGCUCUCGCCUAUUCGGUGAAGCGUAUGAUGAAGGAUAACAACUUGGUGCGUCACUUGAACGCUUGCGAGACCAUGGGAGGAGCGAACACGAUUUGCUCGGAUAAGACGGGAACGCUGACGCAGAACCAGAUGACCGUGGUGCAGGGAUGGGUCUACAACGAUAAGAACCAGACUGCCUUGCUGAACACGCUGAAGUGUGGAGACGAGGCUGAGUACAACGCUUUCAUUGCCAAGUGCGCUGAGAUUAAUGAGCAGGUGAAGCAGCUGCUCAUGGACAAUGCUUUGCUGAACAACGAGGCCUAUUUGACGAGCAACGAGCAAGGAAAGGAGCGCGGUGUUGGAUCGGCUCUGGAUAUCGCUCUGCUGCGUUGGGCUCGACUUCUGAAGGUGGAUUACAGUGCCGUGCGCGAGAAGUACCCUCUGCUGAACGCGGAGUCGGCUGCCGAUGCUACGGGAAUCGUGCGUCGCUUCCCCUUCCACUCCAACCGCAAGCGAGCCUCGGUGCUGGUGCGAUUGGCCAAUGGCAAGUAUCGUUUGUAUGUGAAGGGAGCGCCCGAGAUGGUGAUUCGUCUCUGCGAUGCCGUGGCUCUGCAGGACGGAAGCGUGAAGCAGCUCACUGGAACCUUCCAGGAAGAUAGUUCCGGCAACGUGACGGGCACGGGCUCGCGCUGCAAGCUGGUGAAGCACUGCAUCUACCCGAUGGCUAGACAGGCGCUGCGUGUGCUGGCGUUCGCCUACCGUGACUUUGAUUCGAUCGAGGACAUCGACAAGACUGUGCAGUACCCCACGGAGGAUCAGAAGGGAGUGGGCGAAUGCCCGGUGAUGGAGAACUUCCUCACGCUGGUGGCGUUCCUGGGCUUCCAGGACCCCGUGCGUCCCGAAGUGCCUGAAGCCGUGCUGUCUUGCCAGAAGGCCGGUAUCUUCGUGCGCAUGGUGACGGGAGACAACAUGGAAACCGCCAAGGCCAUCGCUCGUCAGUGCAACAUCUACCACCACGACACUUGGAAGGACCCGAACGGAAGAGAGUGGCCUGCUGGUCGCGCGAUCCUGGGUUCGCAGUUCCGAGAGAUCGUGGGAGGACUGACUCUGCCGCCUCACUUCUAUCAUGAGUGCCACUGCAAGGACUGCUCGAACGACGAGUACUUCGUUCCCGACUACAAGACUCCCGAUUACCCCGUGCACUUCGGCUAUCCCUCGAUUGUGGGUCACAAGGAUCACCACUGCGCCGAUUGGACCGAGGAGGCGAAGAAGAAGCGCGGCAGCGAUCCCAAGAGCCAGUGCACCGAGGAGUGCAAGCAGCGUGGCUGCAUGUGCCAGGUGAAGAACCCCAAGGACGAGCGCCAGCUGCAGCAGUUCUAUGUGGUGAAGAACCAGGGACAGUUCGAUCAGUUCGUGGACACGCUGCAGGUGAUGGCGCGUUCGGCUCCUACCGAUAAGCACUUGCUGGUAACGGGUCUGAUGGAGCGUCAUCAGGUGGUGGCCGUGACGGGUGAUGGAACCAACGAUGGUCCUGCUCUUUCCAAGUCCAACGUGGGUUUCGCUAUGGGAAUCACGGGUACCAGCGUGGCCAAGGACGCUUCGGAUAUCGUGCUGAUGGAUGAUAACUUCAUCUCUAUCGUGAAGGCCGUGAUGUGGGGACGGAACGUGUACGACUCCAUCCGCAAGUUCCUGCAGUUCCAGCUGACCGUGUCCUUCGUGGCUUGCAGUGUGUCGUUCAUUUCCGCUAUCACCCUGGAGGAGUCGCCUAUGACGGCUGUGCAGGUGUUGUGGAUCAACUUGGCUAUGGAUACGAUGGCUGCUCUGGCUCUGGCCACCGAAAGCCCGACUCCCAAGCUGCUGGACCGUUUGCCUUACAGCAAGACCGAGUCGCUGAUUUCCCAGACCAUUAUUCGUAACAUUAUCGUUCAGACCCUUUGCCAUGUGAUCAUUUUGCUCCCGAUCGUGUACAAUGGUCAUCGCAUGUUCAACAUCCCGAUUGGCUCGAUGCUGGGAGUGGGUCAUACGCCUACUGUUCAUUAUACCCUGGUGUUCAACGUGUUUGUAGCUCUGCAGAUUUUCAACGAGCUGAACUCACGUCGAAUCAACAACGAGUGCAACGUGAUGGAGCACAUGGCCACGAACACGCUGUUCUGGGGCGUUCUCAUCCUUUCUAUUGUACUUCAGGUUCUGCUUGUGCAGUUUGCCAAUACCUUCUUUACCACGCAUCCUCUGACUUGGCAGGAGCAUCUUUUCUGUAUUUGCGUGGGUUUCCUGUCGAUUCCUCUGUACCAGUUGGCUCGUACGGUGCCUACUACUUGGUUCCGCAGUUUCGGAGGUGGUAAGGAAGUCAAGUUUGAUACUAGCUCGCGUGACUACUUGAUGAGAAGAAACGAUCUGUCGAAUGCUUCUCUUCGUAGUGUUACUUCAGCCCAGUUUAUGAAUACUCCUUCGACUAUUCCUAACUUGUUCUCUAGUAUUCGCAGAGUAUAACUGUUGUUUAUGCCAA